AUGACUAAAUACUUUAGAAUACAAGAAUUUUUAAUAUUAUUUGUAAUUUUAUUUAAUAUUGGAAAAAUUACAGGUCAACUCGAUUUAAAAACAAUUGAAUAUGGACCAGAUGGUGUGACUUUUAAUUUGGGAAGUGGAGCAUAUAGCAAUGGGAAUUACUUUAUGUUGGUCAGCAGUGCUGUGAAAAAAAAUUUUACAAUACUCAACCCGACUACUGCUUUUUUGAACUACACACCCGAUAUUAUUAAUAAAGCAGAUAAUUUUAAAGUAUGUGACACCUCAGAUUGUAGACUUUCCAAUGCAUUACCCUGGAAUCCGAUAUAUAUAGAUACAAUUUCUUCGACUCCAACUCAAGGAGGUAUCAUUACAAUAUACUGUGUUGAUGAAAGUGAUACUAAUACUGCUGGAACAGAAAUACAUUUCAAUAUCGGUAAUAACAUUACUUCUUUAAUCUCUGGUCAAAAUAUUCCAGUUUGUUUCUUUGUAAGAGGAUCUUCAACUCUUUCUUCUUCAUCCUCUAUUUUUAUUCAAAAAUAUUUUUCAUUCCAAGCACCAACAAUCUCAUCAGUUGUAUUUAAUAGAGAUGCUAAUCAAAUUACAAUGACUGGAACAAAUUUCGGUGUAAAUGGAAUUCCUUUGGCUUUGAUUUCUAAUGGUGGAAAUUUACAACCAACCCGUUUAGUUGAUAACACUGUUAUUAUAUCAAAUGUGAAUGCUCAAAACUAUUCAUUCUCUGGUGAUUACCAAUAUUUUUUGAAUGUUGGUAGUCCAAAUCCAAAUUCAGCAACCUAUACUCAACAACUAUUACCGGUAGUAACAUCGGUUACCUCUACUUCAUCAACUGGUGGAACCAUUUCAAUCUAUGGAUAUAGACUUAAUCUUUUCAAACCAAAUGCAACUAUUUCACAAGUUACAAUCACUGUGGGAACAUAUACAUGUACAGUGUUGACAUUGAAUGACCCAACCAAUUCUUUUAUUGCUUGCUCAAUGCCAGCAAUUCCAAGUGGUUCAAAGAAUUAUAAUUUGUCAGUGGUUGUUAACAUUGAUGGAAAGAACUCCAAUAGUGAUAUAUUAUUCUCUGCCGAUCUUCCGAAUGUCCAAGAAGUAUCACAAGACGGUGGAAAUACAAUUAUUAUCGGUUCAUCAUUUGGUAAUGAUACAAAAUCAAUUGUCUUACAUUUCAAUGGUAGUACUCCAAUGUCACCGAUCUCCGUUUCCGACUCGAUGUUAACAUUUAAAUUUCCACCAAACACACCAUCCGGUGGAAUUGUAACAAUCAGUGGUCAAUAUAUGACUUCAAACAUCCAAGGAAAUGAGAAUAUCACUGUGAAUGUGUAUAGUGAUCCCAAUUCAAGUAUUUCUACGCCAUGUGCAAAUGUAACCAGGUUGAGCAAUACCAGUGUAACUUGUGUUGCACCAGCUGGAAGUGGAUCAUCUGCAUAUAUACAACUUCAAUUGAAUAGUAUCGGUGCAACUGUAUUGAGUGGGUUGAGUAUGGUCUACCAAGCACCUAGACUAGUAUCCGCAACGGCAAUAUCACCAUACGGCGGGUCUAUAAGCAUCUCUGGAGCUAAUCUUGGUUUUGUCGGUAUCGAUUUAAAUCUUAUCACAGUAGAAAUCGAUAAUACUCGUGAUUGUAAAACAUCAGCUGUAAUCAACAGCACCAAUAUAGUAUGCCAAUUGAACAGUGGCCAAUUCAACCUUCCACCACCAAUCAACUACUUAAAUCUUACAGUGACAGUGAAUGGACAAACAAGUUUCAACUCCACUAUAUUUAAAUUGGAUAACACGGAUUAUUAUGAGCUAUUAAAUAGAGUUUUAUCAACAGAUUAUUCAGAGAUAGAAUAUCGUAAGCAGAAACUAUAUGGAAUCAUUUUCCCUGCCUGUUUAUUAGUACCUGUUUUAAUAUGGUCGACCGUAAAGUUAUGUUAUCAUCAAAUAUCUUAUAAACAAAACUAA